UAAGAAAAAAAAGAAAAGCUUUUUCCUUUAGAUGUCAUGUAACUGUCGGGAGAGCACUCACGUGUUUCUGUCUCUUCACCUGUAAAUAUUCUCGCCACGUUUGCUCUCUUUCUUUUUUUCCCCGAGAAAACGCAAAGACAAAGACGUUUUUUUAAUUUGGCUAUAGCAUGUGGAGGCUAUGGGUUCUUAUCUUGUAUCGUCGUUCUUUGUCUUCAAUAUCUUUAAUUCAAUGAUAAGCAGAUCAUCUCUUUCUUCACUCCUACACAUCGAUUCACGUCAUCCACCCAGAAAAAUUCAUACUUCAAUUAAAAAUUCUGUAAGUGGAAAAAACACAGUUGGCAAAAUGGGCAAAAGCUAAUAAUUGAUUUAUCUCCAUUUAUGGCUAAAAGCCUAACACUAGGCUCUACACUUUUCAAGUCUUUUCAUUUUCUGGGUAAUUGUUGUUCAAUUUUAGAGAUUUAGGGUUUUUGAUUGUUCUUCUUUUUCUGGGUUUUAUCUAAAUUCGUGGAUAUGAGAAUGGCAUGUGCGUGAAUGUGGCCUACUUUGUUUUCUUCCUUCUAAUUUGGGAACAGAGUUUGGUUGUCCUAUUUAUUGUUACUUUGUAGGUUUCACUCUUUUCGACAUUACUUUUCAAUUGCUUCAGAUUCAUAAAUCUAUCUUCUUCUUUCUUUGGUUGUUCAGCUUUAGCGUGUUAGGCUGAACAUUUAAGAACCAUGGAUCUCAAUCUCGGAAAAUGCUGUGGUUCUCGUUCUUCUAAGAAGGAAUCAUGGAGGUCGGUUUUGCUUCUUGCUUACCAGAGUCUUGGUGUUGUCUAUGGAGACUUGAGUAUCUCUCCGCUUUAUGUCUUUAAGAGCACUUUUGCUGAGGACAUUCAACAUUCAGAGACCAAUGAAGAGAUCUACGGUGUUAUGUCUUUUGUUUUCUGGACUUUAACUUUGGUUCCUUUGCUUAAGUAUGUCUUCAUUGUCCUCCGAGCUGAUGAUAACGGAGAAGGUGGAACUUUUGCUUUGUACUCAUUGAUCUGCCGUCAUGUCAAAGUUAGCCUCCUCCCAAACCGACAAGUCUCUGAUGAGGCACUGUCCACUUAUAAGCUGGAGCAUCCACCGGAGAAGAACCAUGACUCGUGUGUGAAAAGAUAUCUGGAGAAACACAAGUGGUUACACACUGCUUUGCUGCUUCUUGUUCUUCUUGGGACUUGUAUGGUUAUUGGAGAUGGACUUCUCACUCCAGCUAUCUCCGUUUUCUCUGCUGUGUCAGGUCUUGAGCUGAAUAUGUCUAAAGAACAUCACCAAUAUGCAGUAAUUCCUAUUACCUGCUUCAUACUAGUCUGCCUUUUCUCGCUUCAGCAUUUUGGGACACAUCGUGUUGGGUUUGUUUUCGCGCCUAUUGUCCUCACUUGGCUGCUCUGUAUAAGUGGUAUUGGCUUGUACAAUAUAAUACAGUGGAAUCCUCAUAUAUACAAAGCUCUUUCUCCUACAUACAUGUUCAUGUUCUUGAGAAAGACGAGAGUAAGCGGAUGGAUGUCUCUAGGCGGGAUCUUGUUGUGCAUAACUGGUGCUGAGGCCAUGUUUGCUGAUCUUGGUCACUUCAAUUACGCAGCAAUUCAGAUUGCGUUUACCUUCCUGGUUUAUCCGGCUCUUAUAUUGGCAUACAUGGGGCAAGCUGCUUACUUAUCCCGGCAUCACCAUUCUGCUCAUGCAAUUGGGUUUUACGUCUCUGUACCAAAAUGUUUGCACUGGCCUGUGCUUGCUGUAGCAAUUCUUGCUUCUGUUGUGGGAAGCCAAGCGAUCAUCAGUGGGACUUUCUCAAUCAUAAACCAGAGCCAGUCUCUCGGAUGCUUCCCUCGAGUCAAAGUCAUUCACACGUCCGAUAAGAUGCAUGGUCAGAUUUACAUACCGGAGAUUAACUGGAUGCUCAUGAUUCUCUGCAUCGCUGUUACUAUCGGGUUUAGAGAUGUCAAACACCUGGGAAAUGCAUCAGGUUUGGCUGUAAUGGCGGUUAUGCUAGUGACAACAUGUCUUACCUCAUUAGUCAUUGUUCUUUGCUGGCACAAGCCUCCAAUUCUAGCGCUAGCGUUCCUUCUCUUUUUCGGUUCAAUAGAACUUCUCUACUUCUCGGCCUCACUCACCAAAUUUCGUGAAGGCGCUUGGCUUCCGAUCCUCUUAUCUCUAAUAUUCAUGAUCAUCAUGUUCGUUUGGCACUACACCACCAUUAAGAAAUACGAGUUUGAUCUCCAGAAUAAAGUCUCGCUUGAAUGGCUUCUUGCAUUGGGUCCAAGCCUCGGAAUUUCUCGAGUUCCAGGUAUCGGUUUAGUCUUCACGGAUUUAACCUCUGGAAUCCCCGCCAAUUUCUCCCGGUUCGUCACCAACCUCCCUGCCUUCCACCGUGUUCUUGUCUUUGUCUGCGUGAAAUCUGUCCCUGUCCCGUUCGUUCCACCUGCUGAGAGAUACCUCGUGGGUCGUGUUGGUCCCGUUGACCACCGCUCUUACAGAUGCAUCGUUCGGUAUGGAUACCGUGACGUCCAUCAAGACGUGGACUCAUUCGAAACAGAGCUCGUAAGCAAGCUGGCGGAUUUCAUCCGUUACGAUUGGCACAAAAGAACACAACAAGAAGACGACAACGCUCGUUCUGUCCAGUCCAACGAAUCCUCAAGCGAGUCAAGACUAGCCGUGAUCGGAACAGUAGCUUACGAGAUCGAAGACAAUCUCCAACCAGAGAGUGUCUCCAUCGGAUUCUCCACAGUCGAAAGCAUGGAAGACGUCAUACAAAUGGCCGAACCAGCCCCAACCGCCACCAUAAGACGGGUGAGGUUUGCGGUUGAGGAAAACAGUUACGAGGACGAAGGAUCAACAUCGUCAGCAGAAGCAGAUGCGGAACUGAGAAGCGAGCUGAGGGAUUUGCUGGCAGCGCAAGAAGCAGGAACUGCGUUUAUAUUGGGACAUUCACAUGUGAAAGCGAAACAAGGAUCAUCGGUGAUGAAGAGAUUAGCAGUUAAUUUCGGUUAUAAUUUCUUGAGAAGGAACUGUAGAGGACCUGACGUGGCUCUUAAGGUUCCACCUGUUUCUCUUUUAGAAGUCGGCAUGGUUUAUGUUGUUUGACUUAUGAAAAAACUAAAUAUAUGAAAACCUAAUUCCUCUGUUGUAAAUUCGUCAUGUUUAGCUUCAUAGAUCUCUGUUUCUGUGUUUGUGAGUCUGGGGUUUGACUUUUAACAAAUCUUAAGACCAAGAUGGUCAGAGGAUCAUAU